UUUUGAAUUAUGUGAUGGAAGGAUAGUACAGAGCAGCCGAAUUAAUUGUUCAUACAUUGAAGCAAACUUAACAAUUCAAGGACUAUCUUGAUUUCUGUUUGCGUUCAUCUUACUAGAUAUCUCCUCUGAGAAUGAGCAUCAAUGAAAAUGUAUUUCCAAACGAUCAUCACCAUGGCGAUUCUUUUUUUACAUCAUGUAUAUCGCACCAAGGGUGAUAACUGUUAUUUUCCCGAAUGUCGACUGAGAGUAGAAGGGAUUUGGAAUUCACAAUUGUUUUACCGUCAGAAAACAUCCCGGUUGUCAGCAGAAAAUGUUGUGUAUAUCAGGAAUCGGAAUGAUUGCUGGCUAAACACAACGGUACUAAAACAGCGUUUGAAAACGGAGGAUGGCCAUGGUGUUGGAACUAUUUCCUUCAAAUGUUCUUCCAACAUCGUCGUUGAUUUCACAUCUGUCGAAACGUCAUUUCACUCCAACUUUAAUUUCUCUCUCAAAGUUACAGCCUGCCGUGUCUCUUUGUAUUCAUAUCUUAUGAUAAAAAGAACAAUAGGGAACAUUUUAGCAUUUGAACUUGACGACACAGCUAUAUCUUUUGAGCAACCUUUCUGCAAUGUGACUAAUUCAAUAAAGGACAUUUGUGAUUUAUGGACGACAAUGUACUCGAUAAAGUUGACUUUACCUUCAUCUGAUUAUCAACAUAAUAAUGCUACGUUGCUAUUUGAUUGUCCCGGUGUUUAUCCUUCAGUGACGAAUGUAUUGCUCAGGAAUUGGCCAAUCGAUAGUUAUACGAGUUCUCUCAUCGACUCGAAGUUCCCUUAUCUGCACAAUCUAGAAAUUUCCUUUUCUUCUUUGACGAUUCCACCGCUAUUUCGAUGGUAUGCAGGAAAUGGAAUAUCUCAGAAUCUCACGGAAUUCAAGCAUGCAGACAACCAUGUUCUUACAGCUGGGUUGCAUAAGCGUACAUUAAGACUGAACUCUAACAAUAUUAAAGAUCUCACCAAAUUUUAUUUCAAAGGAAAUGUCCAGAGUUUAGAUCUGUCUUCCAAUGGGCUUCACGUCUUUAACGAAAGUACUUUCACUGGAUUAACAGGUCUUCAGCAUUUGAAUCUGAGGAAUAAUACUUUGACAAGAAUUCCAAAUCGAUCAUGGAGAAAUCUGCGAGACUUGCGAUACCUUGAUCUAAAAUCUAAUAAACUCACAAAAAUUCCUAACAUUAUGUUUGUUUAUAACGCGAAAAUUGAAUUUUUAGAUUUUUCGAGCAACUAUAUUAAAACAAUAGAAGAGAAUGCAUUCACAAAUUUAAUGCAAUUAAGAGAGAUCCAUUUAGAAUCAAAUGAAUUACUCAAUCUACCAGAAAAAUUACUUCCACUGUACUCAUUAAAGUUCCAAUACAUAUUUUUGGAUGGGAAUCCAUUAACAAAAUUUCCUAUCUCGAUAAUACAUUGUCGAUCUUUGGAAAAGGCAAGUUUUAGAUAUACCAAUAUAGAUCUAAGUGAUAUAAAUGAAGUGAUAGAUCAAAUGCAAUGGAGCAUAGUAUCCAAUAAUGUAGACAAAUCAACGGAUGAAGGUAUUGAAGGAAUUCUAACCAAUUUCCCCGAACAUCUUCGAAAAAUAGAUCUUUCUGGGUCUCGAGUGGAAAAUAUAGAGUUAGACAUUUUCAAGAAUUCAAUAUACUUGCCAAGAGGUGUAUACAUAGAAACUGAAAAGAAAGUUAUUCUCUUAAUGAAGUUUUUUGAAAUCAUUCUUCAGGAGAACAAACUUACUUGCGAUUGUAGAAUUAACGAGUUUAUCAGGUUGGUCAAACAUGCCAAAGGAAAGGAAUUCAAUGGAAAGGAGUAUUUUUUCAAGUGGAAAUGUUCCUCUCCAAACGAAUUUAAAGACCGGUUAAUGGUGAAUAUAAAGGAAUCCGACACAUACUGUGAGAAGGUUAUUCAGAACUGUCCCAACAAUUGUACGUGUCUGGAGAGGUCUGUUAGUGGUAUAAUUAUUGUUGACUGUCGGUAUCGUGGAUAUUUAUCCCUCCCUGAGAAACUUCCCGAUGGCAUUGUAGACAUCUGGUUUCAGCAUAACAACAUUUCUGUGGUUCAAAAUAUGGAUUACUUGAAACGAAUUCGUUAUCUUUAUCUUUCUCACAAUCAAUUGGUUGAAAUAUCGGGUGAUGCUAUUCAGAACAUGAACAAUCUGAGAAAACUUCAUGUUGAUUCCAACAAUCUUGUGACCUUACCAACGGAAAUCAGAGAUAUGAAUAUAGAGUAUAUUAACAUUAAUUACAAUCCGUUCAAGUGCGAUUGUCACUCUCUUUGGAUGAAACAUUGGUUGGUAUCGAAGUCAAAAUAUUUUCCAGAUAUUACAGAAAUAACGUGUAACGUAGCUGACCAGAGUGAAAAGGGUAGGGUAUUCAUUACAAUUCCAGAUUCUGACUUUGUGUGUUUGGAAGAGUACGAUUCCCUAAAAGAUGGCAUCAUCCCAUCAUUAACCAGCACGGGCUGCACACUAGCAUUCAUAUUAGCACUAUCCGUGUUAUACGUAUUCAGAUUUGAAGUGAAAGUUCUAAUUUUUAUUUAUAUUGGACUCCAUCCUUUUGAUUUAGACGAGGACAAUGAUAGGGAAGCCGUUGACGUCCUAGUCGUUCAUGCUCCUGGAAUCACAACCUGGGUAAUGGAGAACAUAGUCAGUUAUCUGGAGGCCCAAAGAUGUCAGUACGUUGUCUGUGAAAUAAUGCGGGAUUUUAUUCCCGGAUUCUCUCUUCAAGAGAAUGUUGGAAGUAUCGUAAAGAACAGCAAGCGAAUGAUAUUAGUGAUUUCUCCAGAACUCCUCGAGGGACAAAUUGUAAAGUUGGUUUGGAGCGAAGCACAGGAAAAGAUAAAAGAAUUACGGACAAACUAUGCUGUCAUUGUAUACCAUAACGUUACAACAAAGGAAAUCACGAAUAAAGACAUGCUGCGUUAUUUGAAACGGGGAAAAUCUGUACAAUGCAACGACCGUCUUUUACGUCAGAAACUUUUCUACUGCAUGCCGGUCUUUAAAGGGUGUACACAAGACAGGGCACAACUACCAAAUAUCCAAAGUUGUGUGAAAAAUAUGUACAGUGACGUGACAAUACGAGAUAAUCAGUAUGAACGUCAUGUCUUCAUUUCGCACUCAGACAAAGAGACGAGAUAUAUGCUUGAUAAUCUAAAACCGGUGCUUGAAAAAUCAGGCUACAUCUUAUGUAUACCGGAUAGGGAUUUUGUAUUAGGAGCACCAAAAGAAGAAAAUAUUCUCACAGCUAUUGAAAGUUGUCAUCAUACGAUAUUCUUCUUGUCGGAGAACCAUCUUCAGGAUGAGUGGUCCAUUUUUACAUUCAGGACUGCCUGUGAGAAAUCGUUAAGGAACAAGAACAAUCACUUGAUUGUAAUUAUUAGUGAAAACAUAAACAUUAAUGAAAUAGACGAAGAAGUACGCUACCAUGUCAACACGCAUGUUACUCUGCAAAUUGGAGAAGAAUGGUUUGUUAAGAAACUUUUGAAUUCGUUACCUGAUGUCCAACCUUUUGAGCGUUGUGCUGUAAAUCAAAAUAUAAUUGAGGGCGCUUGCUGUCUUUAUACUGAUAUUCAAAAUAUUACCGACAGUAUGCUCUUUGAGAGGGCCAGUGGCAUUGGAGACAGUGAGAGCAUAAUUGAAAAUGAUCAUGAAGUGAUUCAAAACGAAAAUGAGGAGCGAGGACUUGGUGAUUCCUCUGUUGGAAUCUUCAUGGAGGACAAUAUAGUUGAACAAGUUGGUAGAGCCCGUCAUAAAGAUGAAGAAAUUGAAAUGGAUAGAGAUGGUCAACUGCGUAAUUUUGAGAAAAUUUAUGAACAUGAGAUCAAUUUUAGGAAUAUAACGAAAGAAUAUGAAGUGAGAAAUAAUAUUGAGAAUGAUGAAAUCAACGAAUUUAAUGACACCAAUUCUGUGGACAACAACAAUGUUUGUAACAGAGGAACUCAGACACUGCACCUUAAUAUACAGGAAAGAAUUGAUCUCAAUGUAGCAGAAGAUGGGGGGAAUUUCUCAGACAUUUUAAAUGAGCAAAUAGACGUAAGUAUAGUGCAAAGUUUGAACAUUGAAAAUAGAGGCAUUUUCAACCAAGUAAAUAUCGAAAUGGCGAGAGAUGAGAGAAAUAUAUUUCACCUAAAAACUUAUUGUGAUGUCAGCGAUAGUGACGUCAGCGAUAGUGACAACUACACCGACUCUGAAACUGAUAAUUGAAAUGAUUACAUUCAUGUGAAAUAAAUCUGGAAUUUAUUAAACAUUUCUCAACAAAUAAUGCAUCAUCUUUACUAGUUACAGGAAUGAUGGAUACUCCUUUAUUUAUCCAUAACUUUUACACCCUAACAAUUUCUGUUUCAUAGGAAAUAUUUACAUAAUGUUCGAUGAAAUAAAUGCUCAUUUACUGUAUGAAGUUCACUCAAUGUUAUGUUGAACAAUAAAGCGUUUGGCAUUUUAUUAACAUACAGUGAACAUAAUUUAUCGUUUGAAUAAUUAGUUUUAUCAUAGACAUUUUAAUGGACAUUGCUCAAUAAGGAAUUACGAUUGUAUGUACAUAAUGUCUAUAUAUCCGUCUCAUCGGACAUAAUGAUUUCAUAUUUCAGAAGUGGUUUUGAUUAAUUAUGAUUUACGAGAAUAGUGAACAUAAAAUUCUGAAAUAUCUUUCCCAUAAACUAUUCAAUUUGCAUCAAUGAAUAUUGGACUUUUUUUAUCUAUGGUAAUUCCGAAGUAAUUUAUAGUACAGUGUUGUUUGUAAUCUUUAAUGUGCUGUUUUUGGUAAACAAUGAUUUUCAACUUAUCUCACUUAUUUUUGAUUAUACUGUCAGUCAUUUAUCAACAUUGAUGUAUCAGACUGCACAUUGAUUUUGACUGCGGAUAACUCCGUUUACCUUAUCAAGAUAAAGGGCCCACGGGCCCACAGGGGAUACUUACUCCUCCUAGGUAUAUCUAGGGGUACGUGUUUGCCCAACUCUCUAUUUGUUUUAUAGGAGUUAUGAGAUUGAUCACUGUUUGUUAUCGUCACCUUUAUAGGAGUUAUGAGAUUGAUCACUGUUUGUUAUCUUCACCUUUAUAGGAGUUAUGAGAUUGAUCACUGUUUGUUAUCUUCACCUUUAUAGGAGUUAUGAGAUUGAUCACUGUUUGUUAUCUUCACCUUUAUAGGAGUUAUGAUAUUGAUCACUGUUCGUUAUCUUCACCUUUAUAGGAGUUGUGAGAUUGAUCACUGUUUGUUGUCUUCACUUUUCACAUAAUAACAAUGCAUUCCUGUUUUAUAUCAAUAUUGGGAUAUUUUCACAAUUUUAUGAUUGUUUGUAAAAAUAAAACAUUGCUUAAAAUAAAGAC